AUGACUAUUCAGGACGGGCCCAGCAGCGCUCCUGCCGUGAUACCCUUGAUAAUCAACGGCAAAGAAGAGAUUCCAGACUCAACCUUCGAUGUCAUCAGUCCGUACACCAACGAACGGUGCUGGACGACAGCCUCAGCGUCUCCCCAAGAUGCCAUCCGCGCCGUCGAGGCCGCCGACGCCGCAUUCCCCGCGUGGUCCCAAACCAAGCCCACGGUGCGGCGCGACAUCCUGCUGAAGGCGGCGGACAUCUUGGAAAGUCGACUGGAACAAAAUGCCGAGUUCAUGCGGACCGAAAUGGGUGCCGAUGUGGGCGCCUCGCAGUUCUUCAUCGUGCCGCUCGGGAUCCGCAUGCUGAGGGACAUCGCGGGGCGUAUCACUUCCAUUUGCGGUAGUGUCCCCGUCGUUGAGGAGGAGGGCCAAAGCGCCAUUGUGUACAAGGAGCCUAUGGGUGUGAUUUUGGGCUUGGUGCCUUGGAAUGCACCAUAUGUGUUUGGUGUCCGCUCGGCGGCUUGUGCGCUCGCGGCCGGCAACACGACUAUCCUGAAAUCAUCCGAGUUGUCCCCAUGCUCGUACUGGGCUCUGGCUCGGGCGUUUGAAGAUGCCGGACUACCAGCCGGGUGUCUUAACCUGGUGUCUUGUCGACCGCAGGAUGCUCCCGAAGUGGUCAACGCCAUGAUCGAGCACCCUGCCGUGCGCAAAAUCAACUUCACCGGAAGUACGGCCGUGGGCAGGAAGAUUGCCCGAUCCUGCGGGCAGAAUCUCAAGCCUUGUCUGAUGGAGCUGGGAGGCAAGAACAGCUCGAUUGUCUGUGCCGACGCGAACAUCGACACGGCCGUUAAGGGCGUCCUAGCGGGAGCAUACUUGAACUCCGGCCAAAUCUGCAUGGCCACCGACCGCAUCAUCGUCCACUCGUCCAUCGCGCCAACGUUCAUGGAGGCUCUAAAGACAGCACUGAACUCGAACCUCGACCCUUCAUCUCCACCCCCAACCCUGGUCAACGUAGCCUCCAAAGCUCGCAUUGAUCGUCUCGUCACCGACGCCCUCGCCAACGGCGCCCACUUGGUCCACGGCACUGCUCCGGGAACGGAGGAGACACCGCAACAUCAGGGCGUCCGACUAGCACCGUUACUCCUCGGCGGCGUCACAGAAGAGAUGAACGUGUGGCAAGAGGAGGCGUUUGCGUCGUUGGCUGCGUGCAUGGUGGUGGAUAGCGACGAGGAAGCUAUUCGUAUCGCCAAUAGCAGCGGGUAUGGAUUGUCGUCGGCGAUCUUCACGGAGGAUUUGCGGAGGGGGUUGGCGAUGGCUAAGAAGAUUCAAUCUGGCGCCGUCCACAUCAACAGCAUGACCAUUCACGACGAGCCCGUGCUGCCUCAUGGGGGCGUCAAGAACAGCGGCUGGGGCCGGUUUAACACGGCGCAGGGACUUGACGAGUUCCUGGUGACCAAGAGCGUGACGUGGAUGGAUUGA